UUUGGGGAUGAGUCAGAAAAACUUUCACAACAGAUGUUGAGAACUAGUAUGGAUAGGCUUUUGAUGAAAUCGUUACAAAUGCUAUGCAAGAGUGAGAGUUUGUCAAAAGCAGGUACAAAAAAAAAAUUGAUAGAAAAACUAGCUGAGAGAAUUGUUAGCAAAGCAAAAGAGAAAAAUAGAGUGAAGAAAGGUAGUCAAGUUAGAAAAGCUUAG